AUGCUUAUCUGCCAGUUCCUCGUCGCCAUCAUCGGUGUCACCGUCGGCUUCAACCACACCCACCCUGACCCGCUGGACCCCAAAGGCAGCAUCGCCAACAACAUCUCAGCCGUCAAUGCGCAGAUCGCCUUCAUUGCGAUCUUCAUCUUCUUCUUCGCCUCCACCUGGGGUCCUGGUGCCUGGAUCGUGAUUGGUGAGAUCUUCCCGCUGCCGAUCCGCUCGCGUGGUGUCGGUCUCUCGACUGCCUCCAACUGGCUGUGGAACACCAUCAUCGCCGUCAUCACCCCGUACAUGGUCGGCGAGACCCGCGGCAACAUGAAGUCGUCCGUCUUCUUCGUGUGGGGCGGCCUCUGCACGUGCGCCUUCGUCUACACCUACUUCCUCGUGCCCGAGACCAAGGGUCUGUCACUCGAGCAAGUCGACAAGAUGAUGGAGGAGACCACCCCCCGCACCUCGGCCAAGUGGAAGCCGACCACCACCUUCGCCGGCCACCAGGCCUCCGAGGACGCCUUCCUCAAGCAGCACGGCGACACCACCGUUUAG